CACUGAGAACUAUAGAACCUACAACAUUGAGAGUUUACCUCCUUCAUAUUUCAGUGAGUUUCAACACAUCAGUGAUGGAACAGCGUCUGUUCAUGCUCCUGUGUUUCACAGGAGCCGUCCCUCUCGUCCUGUCUGUCCCUAUUUACUUUCUGAUCCAGCAGGGGAAAACAUGGAGUGAUGCUCAGGCUUACUGUCGAACUGAAUACACUGAUCUGGCUAUCAUCAAAACCAGUUAUGAAAUGAGUCAAUUUCAGUAUGAAUUACAGGGACAAAAAUUCAGUUCCAGUGCUUGGAUUGGACUGUACGAUGCCAUUAACAGCUGGCGCUGGUCCAUGGGAAAUGAGCCACUGGGAAGUGCGAAACUGUGGAAUUCAGGACAGCCUGACAACUGGGCGAGUAGUGAAUCGUGUGUUGUGUUGUACGGUUCUGGAUGGUCUGAUAUACCAUGUAGUUCCGCAUACCCCUUUGUGUGCUUCGAUGGAAUUAAAACUGGCAAUCAGAGGUACAUUUACAUCUCUAAUCGUCUGACAUGGUCUGCAGCUCAGUCUUACUGCAGAACACAUUAUACUGAUCUGGCCAGUGCUAGAAAUGCAACAGAAAACUCAAUUAUAGCAGGACUGAUCACUGGCUUGGUUUGGAUCGGUCUGUCCAGAGACACCUGGAAGUGGAUAGACAAUACCAGCUUCUCUACCAGCAGCUGGAUGUCUGGAAAACCUGAUAAUGCUCUGAAGAAUGAAAACUGUGGUUAUAUAAAUAAUGGUCAGGCUGCUGAUGCACAGUGCUCAGACAUAAUGCCUUUCUUCUGUUACUCAUCAAGCAAAAGACGAAUCAUAAGAGUGAAGGUACAGUCAAGUCAGGAUGUGAAUGAUCCUGCACUAAAAGAGGCCAUGUUGGAGCAGAUCAAGCAGAAACUAAAGGAUCAUGGGAUGGCAGAGAACAUCACAGUGAAAUGGAAAAAGCAACCAGAUGGAAAUGUGUUUUUCAAGGAGAAAAAUAAUUAAAGUUCAGGAUAAAAAGGGUUCUAACCCUAUUCUGUUUCUCAAAUUAAAAAUAUCUAUGUUAGUGUAAGUGAUAUGCUCAUUAUAGGUUGGUUGAAAACAUACUGAGAAGUUAAUCGUAGAUGAAAUUGUAGAAUAUUUAAAUAUAUCUUACAGACCUUGGAAAGUUUAUCCUGGUCAUUCAAUGAUCAAGCAUUGUACUAGCCAUUGAUUCACAAUGUCUUCCUUUCUUCAGUUUGGUGUUUAAUCAUGAUUAAAAAUACUAAAUGUAACGAAUGUGCAUGCACUUCCUCGCUCAUGUUUUAGAAGGAACAUUGGUUCCUUUUGUACAGAAGCAGAAAUAAAUUGUGAAACUUUCUACUCUU